UAAAAUUCCAGUAGCAAGUGACACAAGAACAAACGUCCCUUUCUCUCCGGUUAGCUACACAGAAUUUCUGUCCACCUGUCGACAUCUCUCAAAAAUCCCAAGGGUGGUGACAUAGCUCAGAUCAAGACAAUGUCCAAGAAGACGGUGAUCAGAGCCGAUCUCAUCGGCAGAAGCUGCAAGAAAGACAUCUUGCAUGCUGUCUCCACGCUACAAGGGAUCAAGUCGAUGGACAUCGACGAGGAGAAGUGCACGCUGACGGUGCUGGGCCCCGUGGACCCGGUGAAGAUCGUGCACCGGCUGAAGAAGAAGUGCUUCGCGGCGGCGGUCGUCAGCGUCGAGGACGACAAGCCCAAGGAGCCGGAUCCGCCGGCGCCGGAGAAGAAGAAGGAGGACGACGAUGAUCCGUGCCAGUGCCAGUGCAAGGAGGCGGAGUGCGCCUGCGUGAAGGUGUGCGCGGCGAGCUGCCACCACAGCCCGUGCUCCCUGCCGGACUGCUACUUCUACAAAUCCUACAGUUACAGUUACAAGCCGUCGCCUUCCUUUGGCUUUGGCUAUCACCUAGAAUCCGGAGGACACUGCAUCAUUCAGUAGCCAAGGGUCUCUUUGGUACAGCUUCAACUUGAGCUCCAGCUCCACCUCUUCUAAAGCUAAAGGCUAGAGCCCAGUCGAACAGUUUCAGAUCCACCUAAAAUAGAAGUAGAGCUGGGUGAAGCGUUCUCACAAAAUGAACUAGAGAUGCGGAAUUGGAUUUAGGUUGUUCCUUCAAACCUAACUCCUGGAGCUAAAUUUAAGAGUUGGAGCUCUACCAAACAUACCCUAACAUAUCUAUACUGUUCACGCAUGUACUAAUUUUUCAUUAUCUCGGUCUAUUAUGGUGAAAAUAAGUUUCAACC